AUGGUGCGUGAGGCCACAGUGCUGCUGCUGGCGGUAGCACUGUGCCGCGCAGCCACCACACUCGACUCCGAACUUGGUGUCGGAAAGGCGAUCAACAUCUUCAUGAGAUAUGGCUACCUCAGCAUAUGCAUGCGGGUCGUACCGCGGAACGACACUGAGGGCUGGGUGUUCCGGGAGCCUACCGUCAGCGUGUUCCGGGACGUGGAACGCUAUGCGGUCGCGCCGAAGCCCCGUCAGCCCAAAACACUCUUCGACGGUGACUUCCAUAUGGAGUUCUGCGAUAACUUGAAGCAGUUGUUGCAAGCAUACUUCAGAGACUUCGUUUUUGAGAGGUUGGAACGACCAUGGCGCGCUUUCACUGCCGGCUGGCCGACUGACAUCAUGGCGAGGAACUUGGGGAUCAAUUCUUCAUUCAUUACCGGUGACCACUGUUAUGUCCUCGUGAGAGUGUCCAGGUUUCGCGAAACGGGCAAAUUAAACGAUUUACCGCCGAAUAUAUCUGUAGAGGACGUAGUGUACGAAGCCAUCCAGGAGUCGACAAUUGGCGAUACCGUGUCCAUUGCUGACUUCAUAAGGAAAUACGGCUCACACUACAUUGCGUCGUACAUCACUGGUAACUCAUUGUAUCAGGUGUUUGUAUUCUCUAGAACUGCAUACUCUAUGAUCAAAGAAAGAUUAAAAAGCAAGGGAGUAGCUGAUAUUACUGCUAAGGAGUUAGAAGGAUACUUCUCGCCAUGGCAUGCUAAACAUAUAGGCCAAAUAAAGGUCGCUAGCGGAAACAAAACAGUGGAAAGCUGGGCUAUGAAACGCCUUCGAGUCCACUACUAUAUUUUCUCCUAUCCCAGCCUCUUAAAACUACACGGAGAACCAUCACUGUUGAGGAAUUUAGACACGCUUUUAGGAAAUGAAGCGUUAUUACAGUUAGAGUUAAAGACAUUAUCACCGGUGUUUAAAGACCCGCAAAAGAAAAAGUGGUUUGAGGAAGUGAUAGACAAUUAUUUAAAAUUAUGGGAGAGCAAUAUGUGA